AUGGAGCUAGAUAACUUGCGUGAGAGCCCAGCAGGUUCAGGGGAGUCUGGUGUCGGUGAAUGGCGAGAGGUCGUUACAGGCGUGGAUAGCGAAGAGGAGGUUAAAGUCGUGGAAAGCAAGGUAGCAACAAUUGAAGACAACAACGAUAACGACGCUGGUGAAAAGCAACGGAGCAUGAAUGAGCAACCGCACAAUCAGUACGAAGAGGAACUGGACCCACGUAUCCAGGAGGAAUUGGAACAACUAAAUGAAGCAAGCGCAGAAAUCAAUAAGUUGGAACUGCAACUUGACGAUGCCAGAUCGAGCUACAGGAAGAUACUUACAGAUUCUGCUCGAAAGCUGAAUGCUCAGAGCUCUCAGCUUGGAGGCUGCAUAGAGAAAGCUAGACCAUAUUAUGAAGCACGUCGUCUCGCAAAAGAGGCUCAGCAGGAGACCCAGAAGGCAGCUCUGAGCUAUGAGAGAGCAGUUUCUAUGCACACAGCUGCCAGGGAAAUGGUGUACGUGGCAGAACAAGGCCUGAUGGCUGAUGGUAGAAACACACUGGAUCCUACCUGGCAGGAGAUGCUCAACCAUGCCACAUCAAAGGUAAACGAAGCAGAAGAGGAGAGGCUCCGGAGUGAGAGAGAGCACAUGCGUGUCACGCAUGCAUGUCAGGAGGCUGAGGCUCGUGUUCAGACACUGCAGAAGUCCCUGAAAAGAGUCAUUGUGAAGUCCAAACUUUACUUUGAGCUGAAGGCCCAGUUCAACCACAUUCUGGAGGAGCACAAAGCCAAAGUGCUGCAGCUGGAGCAGCGUGUAGCUAAAGUAAAGAACCGCUACUCUAUUGCCUUAAGGAACCUUGAGAGAAUCAGCAAUCAGAUCCACGCUCAAAGGGGCAGUGACCAGGAUCUGGAAAGACACCAUUCUUUUUGCACUGGGCGAAGUCCCCCUGUCGGGGAAGAAUCUGGAACCAAAACCCAGGAAGAAGAUGGAGCCUUUGGUGGUUUGGUUGAGAGCGGGAAAUUACAAGUGGAUGCAGCCAUUCAACUGGAGAAAUAUAAGAAGGAGGACAAAGAGAGGGAGAGAGUGGGGUCCGAUUCUCUCUCGGUCAUUAGCCUCCAAACCAUUGCUUCCGAUUUGGAGAAGUAUGACUCUGUCGAGCACCUGGGAGACCUCAGCGACGUCAGCAGCACAACGGGCGACGAGGGCGAGAAAGACAGAGGCAUGAUGUCAGAGGGCAAUGAAAAGCUGCCAGAAUCGAGCACCAGACUGCGGCAGCAGCAGUUCUGCAAGCAACAUCAUCGAAGCUUCAGUCUGUAAGGCUGUCACACGUGACAGCAUUAUUUUAUUUAGUGGAUCGUUCGUAACACAUGCAUAAAGUAGAACACUGGAUUGAAAUUUCCACAAAAAAAAAAGAAAAAAAAGGCCCAAGCAAAUCUAAAAAUAUAGCUAUACAUAGGAAAUGAACAAGAAACGCAUGGUAAGAAAAAAACAAAACAAAAACGUUCACAAUAUAAAGAGAAAACAUUUAACAAGAACUUAUAAAAAGCAAAGCUCGUAAGCUAUCUUGUGUGCAUGUACUUACUGUGUUUGGAGUUUACUGUGUUGUACAAAGUUUUUGGCAAGUGUGUACUUUAACUCUACACUACCUUUGUUUCACUGUUUUUUUUUAAGUGUUUAAGGCAAAUGUAGGAAAAAAACCAGCAACUCAUCAUACAACUAUCACGCGCUGUUUGGGGACUUGCCUCCUACAAAUCAGCGUUGUUGAGAAUAAGCUUCUGGUUCCCGACAUUUGUUUUAAACAGGUAAAAAAACAAAACAAAAAAAAACCAACCUAAAAGAGAGGUUGUAGUAAAUGUAUACACCUGCAUAAAAGUUUUGCACAAAAUUUCAGAUGAAGUUUAAAAUGGUGAUCGAGCUCUUCAAAGCAGGUAUAGGUUACUGUCACUGUCACGUUGCUGAUCAUGCAGUUUUUUUUUUUUUAAUUAUUACCGUGGCUGAAUAUGUCCUUGGCAUUGACUGCAGUUGUCUGUUUAGUCAUAGGUCCGUACCUUGAAUCAAGUGGAUACCUUAAACACUACCAUUAAACAUUUACAUUGACAUUUAGGAAAUUCUA